UGCACCCGCAAACCGUGACAGCACGAACCAGCCAACAUGGACCCAGCAGCUUGCGACCCUUCGGAGGAGCUAAGGGAUGACAUCAUUUUCUCCGUUGAGAAUCUUCUCAGCCUGUGGUUGGAACAUCCCCCGGAGGAGCUUCGUCGCGCUUUGGAAACACGCCUACAGCGGCUCUUCUCUGGUCUUCCGUGGCUGCUUGGCUCUCUCUCUCCGACCAUUCAGGCCUUCCUUCAGCGCGCACCUCACCUGCUCUCUGCCACUCCUGCCUCGCUGCCCGACUCGCCGGAUGUGAUCUUGCCUGGCCCGUCGGAGCCGUCGGCGGGGAGGAAAUGUCGAUCGCGCCGCCGGCGCGCCACCCCACAGCCGGACAUCCGGACUUUUAAUUCGCCGGUUGUGGUGAGUGAGGGCUCUCUUUCGGACUGUGUGACUGUUCAUUCUGGGGCAUUACCAGAUUCACCCGUUCACUCCAUGCAGGGAGAAGGCUUUAUGUCUACGCAGUGUACUUUUCAGGGUUUAGCCGCCGUUGGCACAGUUAGCCACUCCAGGGCUUCCCCAGAGGCUGGGUCUCGGUCCCCAGCCAAUUCUGGACCCCUGAGGAUUGAGCAGCCCCCUGGGAACCACUUCAUGUCAGCAUGGCCUGGGAAGAGCCAGUGCUCAGUGCAUCGUCAGUCGCCACCGUGUCAGCUAGUAGCCUCCAUGACUGCUGGCUUAGUUAUGGCUUCUGCUGGAGGGUCCGUGGGACCGCUCCGGCCUUCGUCUCCUGUCUCCGCCGGAGGGUCCGAGGGACCGCUCCGGCCUUCGUCUCCUGUCUCCGCUGGAGGGUCCGAGGGACCGCUCCGGCCUUCGUCUCCUGUCUCCGCUGGAGGGUCCAAGGGAUCCGUCCAGCCUGUUGCAGCGCCUCGGUCUCCGGCUUCCACGCCGCCGCCAGCUGCAGCGCCUCGGUCUCCGGCUUCCACGCCGCCGCCAGCUGCAGCGCCUCGGUCUCCGGCUUCCACGCGCCGCCAGCUGCAGCCUCACCGUCCACGUCGUCGCCUGCAGCGCUUCCGUCUCCGACUUCCACGCCAGCUGCAGCCUCUUCAUUCUCGCCAGCUGCAGCGCCUCCGUCUCCGGCUUCCACGCCGCCGCCAGCUGCAGCGCCUCCGUCUCCGGCUUCCACGCCGCCGCCAGCUGCAGCCUCACCGUCCACGUCGUCGCCUGCAGCGCUUCCGUCCCCGGUUUCUACGCCGCCGCCUGCAGCGCGUCCAUCUCCGGCUUCCACGCCAGCUGCAGCCUCUUCAUUCUCGCCAGCGGCAGCGCCUCCAUCUCCGGCUUCCACGCCAGCUGCAGCCUCUUCAUUCUCGUCAGCUGCAGCGUCUCCAUCUCCGGCUUCCACGCCGUUGCCUGCAGCCUCUUGGUCCACGCCGCAGCCGCCUCCGCGUCUUCACCCUCGCCUGCAGCCGCCUCCGCGUCUUCACCCUCGCCUGCAGCCGCCUCCGCGUCUUCACCCUCGCCUGCAGCCGCCUCCGCGUCUUCACCCUCGCCUGCAGCCGCCUCCGCGUCUUCACCCUCGCUGCAGCCGCCUCCGCGUCUUCACCCUCGCCUGCAGCCGUCUCCGGGUCUUCACCCUCGCCUGCUGCCGCCCCGUCUGGUCCAGCCUCCGAGUCUUCACCCUCGCCUGCAGCCGUCUCCGGGUCUUCACCCUCGCCUGCUGCCGCCCCGUCUGUCGCCACCGUUGCCUUCCGCACGGUCGGCCUCCGGACCAGCUCCAUCACCUUGUUCGCCAACGACGACGCCAUUGCCGCCCUCACGGUCGGCCACCUGAACUGCUUCCACGUGGCCUCCGCUGCCUUCCGCACAGCCGGCCCCCUGAACUGUUUGGACCCCGGUGCUGUUGGCCCCCUGGCCGGCCCCCUGAACUGCUUCCACGUGGCCGCCGCUGCCUUCCGCACGGCCGGCCCCCUGAACUGUCUGGGCUCCGGUGCUGUCGGCCCCUGGCCAGCCCCCUGA